CAACCCGAUGCCCUUAAAAAAUUUCCCAUUGUACUUUGGAUAUCAAGAUAGCCAUUUUGUAGAGAAAAUCCAGCUCUUUCGGUCUACGCAAGGCUGACUUCUCUAACUGGUACCGUUACAAAGUUAUAAGCGUUUUUUCUGAGAGCUCUGAAAUCAGAUAGCUGAUCAGUGGUCGGUCUGAAACAGAUUGAUAUAGAAGGUUUCGACCAUGCUGAGUGCAACGAGACUACUUAUUUUCGUUUUUAAGGCGAUGUACAGUAGCCAAAUCAAAUAUUGGAAAGUAGCAGUUUUAAUGAGUCAUUACGCUAAAAUAACAGAUUUUCAUAAUAUCGGCCUGAAAACUUUAUGCCACUUGAUAAACGAAAAUAAGUAGUCUCCUUGCACUCAACAUGGUCGAAACCUUCUAUAUCAAUCUGUUUCAGACUGACCACUGGUCAGCUAGCUGAUUUCAGAGCUCUCAGAAAAAACGCUUAUAACUUUGUAACGGUACCAGUUAGGGAAAUCAGCCUUGUGUAAACCGAAAGAGGUGGAUUUUUUCUACAAAAUGGCUAUCUUGGUACCCAAAGUGCAAUGGGAAAUUUUUUAAGGGCAUCGUUUUGAAAAUAUCCGUUGAGAAAUGACCAAUAUUGACCAGUACUUGAUCAUUCGAGUUUUAGAUGAAUUGAUAAAGUUAUCAAUCCUCUUUCGAUUGCUAAAAACCGUAGAUCGCUAAUAGAGACCUGCAAAAUGGUCACGGUCACGCGUGACCGUGACCGAGUAAGUUUGGUCGUGGUCACGCAGAUUUCUAAAACUUAUUCCGUUUACAAUUGAAUUGCGAAAUUAAAAGAAAUAUAUGUGUGUUGAUUAUGUUUAUACUUAAUAUUAAAGCAGGAUUAAAGUCAACAACAUAAACAAUUCGAGAAAAACAAUAAGAAUAAUUAAUAGAAAUUACGGCACUGCUUCUGAAUUUUUUUCCGCUUUCAUCAUUAUCACUUAAGACCCCUUUCCCAGUCCGCAACCGAUCCUCGCCUAGGUAUGCCGAAAUGGGAUGAAAUUUGGAGCAUAUGUUGAGGCUGAAGUGAGAAGGCUUUGGUUAAAUUUUCGGCGCGAUAUCCUGACGUUGAUGAACUAAUCAAGGGUCAAAAGUGGCUCAUUUUGCGACAAAGAUUUCUCGGUCAAGGCUGUGUCAAUAUAUUUAAUUUUUUUCGUUUGAAAGAACAUAGCAGGAUGCAGGCCACCACAGAGUCCUCUGUUUUAAAUUCUUAUUUUUUAGCGGAAGAAGGAAAUUACGAGUUCAAUGACUGAAAAAACGCGCCAAAAAUGGGUGUGUAUGUCUGUAUACAUAAUAAAAAACAAAGCUUAAUUUAAAAAAGGCUCUAUGGUAUCAUGCAUCUCGACGUGCUCUUUCAAACAAAAAAAAUUUAAAUAUAUUGCCAGGGUCUGGACCGAGAAUUCCUUGUCAGAAGAUCGAAAAAUCAUAAACCGAGAAAAAACGAAAAAGAUGUCUUGUUUUUUUGAAAAAAGCUAACUUUUCGAAAAGGGGUCGACAGAAAUCUUGAAAAGUUUUUGGAAAAAAAGAGGUGAUAGUACAAAUUUUUAUUGUUUAUGAAAGAUCUGAAGACAGGCUAUCUUCCCACCCAUUUAUCUCAAUUUCGACAUAUUUGAUGAAAGUUGAUUGUUUUUGAGUAGGGGAGGCUUAACUAUUCAUAUUCACCUUCUUCAGUAGCUUUAACUUUUUUUCAGAAUGCCAUUAUAAUCAUUAUAAGAUUCUUCAAAAGCAUCAUUAUUUUUUUCUUUUGGCAUAAUUGUUGUCAAUAGAGAUCUACACAAUCGUCACGGCCAUAGAUGGAACAGGCACCCACAGCUAGCUGAUCCGGAUUUUAGACCGGCUAGUAUACUGAUAAUUGUCGGUCUACGAGUAUUUUUCCGGAGUACCGGUUUUUUAUCAGUAGAACAGCAUUUUACGGAUAUACCAGUCGCUCCGGCUCACUCUGAUGUGUUCAAAAGGGUACCGGUACCGGUCGUCAAAAAACUAGAUUGGUUUCAUCUAUGGUCUCAACCAUGCGUGACCGUGACCAUGACUAGCUUUGGAAAAUCUUCGUGAUCGUGACCGUGACUAAGUAGUUCGUGACUAUGUCGUGACCGUGACUAAAAAAUCGUGGUCACGCAGGUCUCUAAUCACUAACUACUUCCAUUCUCAAGUUAUUCAUGUUACAACCGAGUCCACUGACUUUCUGAAUCGAUAGUAGUAUAUGUGACUAUUAUGCAACAAACUUUGCUUCUUUCAUCUUCUGACUUGGCAAUUAAGUUGAUUAACCUUGCGUUCAACUUCGUCAAGGAAAUUGACUUUUUCUAAAAAGAUUCAUCAUAGUGAAUUAAAUAUGAUUUAUUUUCGUUGUAGCUUUUGCUGUACAUGAAGAAGCUCGAAAAGAAUUCGUUCGACUUGAUGGUUUAGAAACAUUAAUAAAAUGUACAAUAGUCAAUUAUGAAUAUGAUCCUUCUAAUGUACUGCGAAAAUUUGUAAAUCCCAAUACUAUCAGAUCACGUUCAUUAAAUCUUUUAUUGGUAUUGGCACGUGAUAAAGAGGUUGCAGCAGCAAUUAAAUCUAUGCAUUCUGAUAUUAUUCAACAUUUACAAGAAAAAAUCAGUGAAGAAAAUAAAACAAUAGCUCAAAAUAUUAUUUGGGAAUUAGAAGAAAAAUCUGAAAUAAUCACUGAAAAAAAUCUUGAUGAGAAGAGCAAGAAACAAGCACAAGAAUAG